AUGCAGGAUAAAAUGGCUCACAACAAUGCCUGCAAGAAGCAAAUGAAAGAUAAAUUUAAAUCACUUGAUUAUUUCGGUUAGACAGUUACUUUUACAUAUGACGGAGCUGAUUAGUUUAAGACCACUUUUGGUGCCUCAGUAUCCCUUGUUCUUAUUCUUAUUCUGAUGCUUUUCGGAGUCUACAAGUUUGUUUACCUAGUUAAUAGAUGGAAUCCGAAUGUAAUCAAGACUAGUUUUCUUAGAGAUUUAAAAGAAGAACCAGCUUUCAGACCUCAAGAUCUUGGGUUUGAUUUUGCUUUUGGAAUCGGAGAAGAAAUACCAGCAAAUAUUGGAAAGUUUUCUGUCAAAUAAAUAGAAUUUGAAUUUUAAAAAUAGAAUGAUGGUCAAUUGAAAAGAAUUAAGAAACCUUCUGAAGAAAUUGAAUUAACAUCAUGUGGCACUGAACUCUUUAGAUACGAGGACAAGCAAGAGAUAAUUGACCUUGAAAUAGACUCAAUGAAAUGCCUUAAAACCAAUGAUUAUGAAUUGAAGGGCAACUACUAUGCAUAAGAAUAUAAAUAUCUUGAGCUUAAACUAUGGAAAUGUGGUCCUAAAUUAGAUCCUACUCUAAAGUGUGCUAACGAGACUGUAAUAAAGAAAUACUUUUCAGACAAAACCUUCAGCUUUGCAUUCAUUAAUACUCAGUUUGUACUAGAUAGUUAUGAUCCAAAAGAAAGACUUCAAUAUUUUAUAGAUGACUCAUUGCUUUUUGAAGUGGAGUCCCAAAGAGUGAAAAAAGCUAAUUUUUAUGUGUAGAAAUCUGAAGGAGAGCUCGAAGAUUCACUUUUACAGUUUGGACAAUCAGAACUCAUUGAAUUCCACUAGGUUACAAAUUUUAAAUCCUACGACGAUGAAUAUACUGAUGAUGAUGGGUACAUGAUUGCAAUUUAUAUUAGGUUUGACAGAACCUAUGACAAUUAUGAAAGGAAAGUUUAUGGAUUUCUAGAAUUUUUGGGUGAUGUUGGAGGUCUUCAAGGGUCACUUAUAUCAAUAGGUAUGUUUUUUGUCGGAUUUGUGGCAUAGCGUCUCUUUUUUUCAAAAAUUAUCAAAAAGAUUUACUAAGUCAGAAAAUAUGAGAACUUUGAAAAUCAAGGAUUAAAUAAUCAUCGAACAUAGAUCUACCCAAGUAAUGGACCUGCUCCUACUCGAUUAGAUGACAGUAUGCUGAAAGGAACUCUAGAUCCUGAAGUUGGAGCUCCCCAAAAUUAUCAACUUAUCUAGUCCAAAGUUACUGAUGAAUUCAAAGGAGUAACUAACAUCAAGGAAUAAGAACAAAGUUUGCAGAAGGAAUUCAAAUUUAAAGAUAAAAUCGAAUAAAAAGAUAUUGGAAAUGUCCUCUUUGCCUUCUUAAAUAGAAGUAGAUUUUCUUAUACAAUAUAAGAUAUAAUUCAUUAUAUCAUGAAAUGUAUGUGCCUUAGAAAUAUUGAGGAAAACAGAAGAAGGAAACUUUACAAAAGACACUUUUUAUUUGAUAAAGCACAGGAAAAAUUUGGUUAGGAACUAGACGCAAUAAGAAUAGUUAAAACUCUGAGGAAAUUCAAGAUGCUUGCUUAGGCAUUACUCUCUCAAAAACAUAGACUUGUUCUAAAAUUCUAGAGGCAAAACUUAAUUGAGACUAGUUCCUCGUCUUCAGACUCUGACAAUAAUAAUUAUGAUACAGUAAGACUGAUGGAAAAUACCAAUCCUUUGAUUAGACUUGUGAUGUUCGGUAAACUUAAAAAAAUGAUGACUGGAUUUAGUGGCAAGCAACUAGAGCCUUUAGAACGAAACAUGAUGAGAGGAAUGUUCAUCAGAAAGCUUAAAGAUUUCGCUGAAGAUGCUAGAAAUCUGACAGAAAAUUAGACUCUACUUGAAAGACUCAAGGGGGAUAUGGGAUUACCCACAAAAUAAAACUCAGAAAUAGAUCACUCUAUUGUGAAUGUAAGUCAGGGCCUUGUAGUUUAGAAAAGUAAAAAAUUCCAAGAUGAACCUGAUUUGAUUGAAGAUAUAAUAUAAGGCAGAGAAUUACUGCAAUAAAAUCAGGAAUUAGAGGAUAAUAAUGGUAUUGAUGAUUGGAAAACUUGA